CGGAACGCAAUCUGCCCCAUGGGAUAUCAAUCCAUCUGCUAUUACUGCAAUCCAAUACGUUGUACGGGUGGUACUACGAAAGCAACAUGAUGAAAACCGGAGUUGUCCUGGCGCUAGCCGGUACCUGGUGCCUCGGCGCCCUAUCGACGGUGGGAGCCUUCUCGCUGUCCAUGUCGUCGGCGUCGGUCGGGGAAGGAAAAACCGCCAUCAUCGCGGGCGCCACCGGAUACAUCGGAAAGUCGGUGGUCCGGGAGAGCGUCCGGCAGGGGUACAAGACGAUUGCCCUGGUGCGCGACUCGGAAAAGGUGAACAACAAGCAGGGGCAGGCACUGUACGGGCAGUUCUUCGAGGGCGCCGAGGUGAUCGAGUGCGACGUCUGCGAUCCGGCGGCUCUGACCAAGGUGCGUUGCGUGCUCAAGCCGAGCCAAAAAAAACUUCUGCAGGGAAGGAAAGGACCGAGCAAAGCCGAGCGUUUUCGUUUGCGUUUGCUAUGGAGUCUGCUUUCUGAUGUGUACUCAACAGAAUGUUUUCGUUUCGUGAUCGAUCGAUGCAUCGGACUCGGUGGGCUCGGUUGCAUUCCUUCCUUUGUGCUUCUUUCUGCGAUCCGGUGCGUUUCCAACCGAUGCAAAAUGGCUCGACUUUUGUUUGUGGAUCCCAGACCAUGGAAAAGAUCAAGGCCGACGGCGGUGACAUCGAAGCCGUCAUUUCCUGCCUCGCGUCCCGGUCCGGAAUCAAGAAGGACGCCUACGCCAUCGACUACCAGGCCACCAAGAACUGCCUGGACUCCGGGAUCGCCACCGGGGCCCGCCACUUUGUCUUGCUGUCGGCCUUUUGCUGCAAGAACCCCUGGCUGCAGUUCCAGCAGGCCAAGCUCAAGUUCGAGGCCGACCUGGUGGCCGCCCAGGACAAGAUCACCCACACCAUCGUCCGACCGACGGCCUUUUUCAAGUCCGUGUCGGGGCAGCUGGAGGUCGUCCAGCAGGGAGCACCCUUUGUCAUGUUUGGGGACGGAAAGGUCACCCGGUGCAACCCCAUCGCCGAGGCGGACCUCGCGACCUACCUGGUGGACAGCAUCACGGACGAAUCGCGACUGAACAGGAACAUCGACCUCGGUGGGCCCGACGAGCCACUGACCAUGCUGAAGCAGGGAGAAGUACGUACCAGGAACCUGUUGCGUGGCGAUCGGGUUUAGUCUUGCUUUGUUGGAUCGGAAUGGCGUCCAUACCUAGAUGCCGCGAUGUUUGUUUCCGGUGGAUUGUUGUGUAUUCUUCUUCUCACCCCUCCUUUCCUCGCUUUGGAUCGUGUUGUUUCCCGUGCCGAUGCUGCGACUCCUGUUGCUGAUCCGGCUGCGGCCGCCACCAGAUGCUCUUUGACGCCGUCGGAAAGGAAACCAACUUUUUCUUUGCUCCCCUCUGGUUGUUCGACGUGAUCAUCGACAGCCUCCAGUGGGUCUCGGACACCUUCAACAGCGAAAAGUUCGAGAACGCCGCCGAGCUCGGGCGCAUCGGAAAGUACUACGCGGUCGAGGACAUGCUCACGACCGACCCGGACGAAAAGUUCGGAACCAUCACCCUCCAGGAGCACUACGACCGCAUCGCCGUCGAGGGCCAGGAGUACGAUCCCUACACGACCAUGUUUGCCAAGGCUCCCGAAUAAACCGUAGAUGACUAGAGUAAGAGGUACCUGUAACUAUUACUUCGUAGUAUGAAACAUUAUUAUGACGCA